CAUUUCGCCGAUGCUUUCUUGGACUCUUGGCCAAGGUCCAGAGAGUGAAAUCUUCUCUAUAUCUAAGAAAACGCAGGUUAACCCAUUGUAACGUCCGAUGAUGAAUCAGUAAUAUGUAUUAACAUCAACAUUUCUUGCGUGUAGCGGUGAUGUAUAUGAACCGCCCUCUUCAUAGGCCGCAUCCAUGAUCCAAUUCUGAUCUGGCAGCGCACUCCAAGCUCGGCCGCCGCGAAGCAAGGAAGGAAACGAGGGGAGAGGAAGGUGCGGAAUCGGAGGAAGAGGGAAAGAAAAAACCAACAACAACAAAGAGUGGGGGAGAGGAUUGGCGGGGGGCUGAUGGAGAGCGCGAGGGAGGCUCGUCGAAGGAAGGUAAUGGAGCGGGGAUCCGAACGCCUCGCCUUCAUCACCGGCCAAUCCCAAUCCCUUACCCCGUCUUCCUCCUUCAGCACUUCUCGUCCUCCCACGCUCCAACAACAACAAGGAGAGGAGGAGAAUCCACGAUCCACCACCGCCGUUGUUCUCCAUCACGGUGAUGCAACCGGCAUGGAGGUGCACGAACAUCAACCAAUUGAUCAAACUUUCAGUACUGCAGUGGAGGAUGAUAGAACAGAACUGCUUCCUGAACACGAGGCAAACAGAGAACUCGGCAGACAUCAGACAAGCAGUGAAUUUGCAAAAUGCAAGAUGGGCAAAAGAUUUCAAAAAGUUGAGAUGAGAAAGGAAGCUGUAGCUAAUGCAGAGCAAGAUGAUAAGAUUGCAGAAUUCUCAACCAGUCCAGUAGCUCACGGAUUGUCAGAUCAAGUGGCUGAUCAAGCUGCAUGUGUGAACUUGCCAAUGAGUCACCAAGUCUUGACAUCCAAGCAAAUCAGUCAUGCCAUCUCAGCUUCUGAGAAUAUCCGUUUACUAUGUGCUGUCAGUAUAGCCAUUUUGGUAGUUAUGUCGAGCCAUGGCCAUUCCCUGGGUGGCAAAAUCUUGGGAAGCAUACUGAAUAUUAGGCCACUUCUUCUAGCGUUGCUAACCGAUGCAAUGGUCAUCAUUGGGCAGCUAUUAUUAAGCCAAAAAAGUCACAUUAAAGAAGGGGAAGAAGCAGGGAGGACAAGGCAAGAGGAAAUUGGUUUUGCUAAUAACAUAGGUAAUGCACUGGACGUUGGCCUGGUUUUCCAGAAAGCCUUGAAUGCUGCCUUCAUGGAUUGCAGCAUUUGUGCAGUUAUCAUGAUCUCUGGCCUUUUUGUUUGAGACUUUCCUAUGGAACUAUAGGCAAAAUGCGGUCUGAUGCAUUGUCAUAAAAUUGAACAUAGAUGUUGCUAUUUUUGUUAUUUUGCUUACAGGCAGGAAGGUUGUGUAUGACUAACAGUUGAGACCAACGAACAUAGCCGUUUAUGUUUCAGAUUUCAUACUGGCCUAUUUUGUUGAGCUAGCAACGUUGCCGGGCUAUCCUAUACCGAAUGGUUCCAAUGACUCAACAAUGAGAAUGUUAAUAGGGAGGAUUUUAACUCUUGGGUACAACUAAUAUAGCCUAUCACUGACCAGCCGCCAGCUUUUCUUUUUUUUUUUUCAAUAAAAUUAUGGUGAGGCACUUGGAUUUGGAUGUUGGUUUGCAUUCACAUAGGCAAUGGGUUUCUUUGUUUUUUGAGUGGUUUCCUGUCGCCUGUUGGUUCUGGAAGGACUCUCGUUGGCUCGGCAAGGAGCUUCAUUCUCCCAUGUUUUCUUUGGAUCUUGUAGCUUUUCCGUUUCUCAUCCUUGUAUCCCUUUAUAUAUUCUCUGUUUCUCAUUGUUUCUGUAAAUUUCUAUCUCUGAAUAAAUUUCAGAUGGCUGUUUUGCAGUUUCCAUUGACAUCAAAAA